CGCACUUGCAGCGCAAACUUGCGGGGCUGGGCUCGCGCCUCCUCGGGUGCGGCAGCGGCUGUGGGCGCAGGGGCCAGCGGCUGCGGCCCCCUCGCCCGCUCGCGCUCCGCGGCGCUCCCGCCCCGCCCGCAGCCUCUCCUCUCGCCGUCUUCCCCUCUCUCCCCGUCUCGCGCUCCCUCUCUCGCUCGCUCUCAUUUUUUUCCUUGCUGCUGCCGCUGUUGCCGCUGCCGCGGCGCCGCUAGGCGCCCGCACCCCGGCGGGCAGCGCUCACUGGUCGGCUCCCGCUCCGCUGCCUUCCCAGCCCGGAGCCCGCUGCCGGACCCAGUUCCCCGGAGCCUCCUGGCUCCUUCUCGCUCCGGCUCGGGCGCCGGGCUCCGCGGCAGCAGGAACAGGGCUUGCCGCCGCUCGCCAGCUCGCUCUCGCCGGAGCAGCCGCCGAACGCCGCGGGCUUGGCGUUCUCGCCAGCUCAUCCCUGCUGCGUCCGGGACUCCGGGCGGCUCCGCGCCCUGCUCGGUCCGCAGCGUCAGCGCCGCCCGCCGCGGCCCGGGCUCUGGGCACCGCGAGCACCGAGCCUCCGGCCGCCGCCUCCCUGCGCCCCCGGGGCAGGCGGGCGCGCAGCCGACCCCUCGCCGCGGCUUAAACCUCGCCGGCGCGCGGUUGGUAGGAGGAGAGGAGCCGAGCUGUUUCCUCCUUGAUGCCAAGAUACGCCAAGCUGGGAGCACCCUUCCCUCCCCGCAGUCAGCCGCCAAGCACAGGCCCACAGCACUCGGGGGCCGGGACCCGCGUUUGCCCGCAACCCCGGCCACUCGCUGCCGUCUGUGGGCCGGGACCCUGUGGGCUUCUCAACGAGGAGGCAGUGGGCGAGAGCCUCAGCAUGGGUCAGCCCUCCGGCCGCUGAAGCGGCCCUGCCCAUGCGUCCCCAGGCUGCCGCCGCCGCCGUGUGGCCAGGCACCUGCCUGGGCUAGGAGUGGGGCCCGCUGUGCAUGGGUCUCUAGGGAGUCCAAGAUGCCUGGGAAGAGAGGCGGGAGCCGGUGGUGGGCACGGCUGCCCCUCUGCCUGCUCCUCAGCCUGUCCGGCCCCUGGCUGCCCUCCUCCCUGGGGAAGCCCAAGGGCCACCCGCACAUGAACUCGAUCCGUAUAGAUGGGGACAUCACGCUGGGCGGCCUGUUCCCUGUGCACGGCCGGGGCUCCGAGGGCAAGGCCUGCGGAGAACUGAAGAAGGAGAAGGGCAUCCACCGGCUGGAGGCCAUGCUGUUCGCCCUGGACCGCAUCAACAACGACCCGGACCUGCUGCCCAACAUCACGCUGGGCGCCCGCAUUCUGGACACCUGCUCCAGGGACACCCACGCCCUGGAGCAGUCGCUGACCUUUGUGCAGGCGCUCAUCGAAAAGGACGGCACGGAGGUCCGCUGCGGCAGUGGCGGCCCGCCCAUCAUCACCAAGCCCGAGCGCGUGGUGGGGGUCAUCGGUGCUUCGGGGAGCUCCGUCUCCAUCAUGGUGGCCAACAUCCUUCGCCUGUUCAAGGUCAGUGCCCAGUGGCCGGCCACAGCCCAGCCCCUUUCUCCUCUUCCUGCCCCCACGGGAGAGCGUUUGUUCCUAGGGUUGAGGGUGUGGAGUCGGCCUGCCCCAGUUCAGGGUGUUGUGUGGGAGGGCGCUGACCGUGGUGCUGAGCUGGCAACCCAGGCCGGGUCGGAGUUCCUCGGUACUCUGCUGGGACACUCGGAUCCAGGGCGGAGGGAGGAGGGGCGGCGGACAGAGCGAGAUGGAGAUGCCAGAGCGGAAGGUGGGUGGUGGAGAUGCCAGGGAGAGAGGGUGAGACCCUGCUCUCCCGUCGUUUUCAGCACCUGCAGUCCCCUAGGAAAACGCCUUUUCCUUCCGGGUAGUUGAGGAAUUCCCUCGUGGCCUUGCCGCCGUGACUAUGGCGAGAGAAUGCACCCUCCUGUUUGGGGGGGAGGCUGGGGCUUCGGGAUAGAGGCUGCAGAUGAGGCUGGGCGAGCCGGGCCUGGCGGGAGACCAGGCCUCUUCCCGUCUCGCUUCCUCCCCUCUGCCCUUUCUCGAACACCUUCCUCCCUUUCCUUCUGAAAUCCCUCCCUGCCCCCUCCUUGCCGCCUCCCUUCCUCUCUUCCUGGGGCAAGAGCUGCUGAUUUGCAAUUCAAUUGGAGCCAAGUGCUUCGCUAAGCUGCUAAAACAACUGAAAGCUACCGGGUAGAGAGAAAACAUUACAAGCAUUUUACCAAUAAUUACGUGCCCGCCUCGCGCUCUCGCUCUUGCUCUUGCUCUCGCGCUGUCUCUGUGCUCGCCUGGUUUGCUCUGUGUGCAUGUGUGAGCGUGUGUGUGUGUGUGUGUGUGUGAGAGAGAGAGAGAGAGAGAGACAGAGGGAGAGACAGAGAGAGAGGGAAGAGAGAGCGGAGAGCAUGGGGCACAGAGGAAGCCACUGGGGUCCCUCUUUGCCCUGGUGUCAGUUUCUCGGCCUCCUGAAUUGGGAGUGGACUGGGAGAGGCUGCUGGGCGCUUUGCAGGCUGGGAAGAGCUGUGGCGGAUCCCUGUCACCUGGCCCCUUUGUGGGACUGCCCUGAUGUGAGGCCAGGGCAGGAGAGGGGUGCAUGGAGCGGACGGUUCUGUGUGGAGCCGGGGACAGCGGCGAUGAGGACAGGACUGGAGCUCUCCGGUCACAGGGCAGGCUGCCUCCUGUGUGCACAGCAUCUGCACAUCCUUGCUGUGCCAUGCGGUCCCGGAGUCCUGGCCUUGUCCUGGAGUGUUGAUUUGACUUGGUGAUCUGGGUGCAAACACAUUGUCAACAGCAAAACAAAUGAAUGUUUCGUGCAGAGCUUCAGGUGUGUGAGGCAGGAGGCCUUGAGCAAACCCUUGGGACUGAGUCAUUGCUGGGCCCGUCCAGGGCUCCCACCCCAUGGGCUGUGCCCUACGGACUGGAGACCAGUAAGUUGGAGGUGGGGGCCCUCGGGCCGUUGAGUCUUCACUAAGUCACUGGGCCCAGGCCUAGGAGGGGAGGCAGCCUGGGCAUCUCAGAAGAGGGGACGAGCCCUGGACAAGGAGCACAGACCCCCAGCCUCCAGGAGGGCCACACCACACGUGGCGCUUUCUCAUUCGGUAUCUCUCCUGAUCUGGGCCUUCUAGAAAGUCGGUAAACAGCUUGCCCUGGGAGCGAUGCCCUGGGUGAGGGUCCCUUCUGCCACCACCCAGAGGUGAGGAGGUGGAGAGGCCCAGGCCAGCCGAAGGGUGCAGAAGCUCAGAGGCGUCCCCUGGCAGCGUUGGAGUUCCAGACACAGCUGUUUGGGGAUGAGGCAUCAGUGCCCACCCUUACCACGAUGGGCGGGGCCGCACUGGGGAGGGGCCUGGGGCCGUGUACCCAGUGGGUACGGACAGGGAUAGGGAGCCCCCCA